AUGGACCCCCCUCUCAUCACCCUGGAAGAACACUUCUUCUCCUCGGCGGCGUCGACCUCUGAAACCAUCUCGACGCAAUACUCGGAGCAAUUCAAACACAUUCCCAAUCUCCUCGACAAACUCACCGACCUCUCGACGCUGCGACUGUCCCAAAUGGACCUCGGCCACGUCUCGUUCCAGAUCAUCUCCCACGCGCCCGGCAGCCUCACGGCGUCUGAGUGCCAGAGCGCCAACGACCAGCUCUUCUCCGCGAUCCGAGCCCACCCGGACCGGUUCGCAGGGUUCGCCGUGCUGCCCAUGUCCGACCCGGUCGCGUGCGCGGCCGAACUGACGCGGUGCGUGACUGAGCUCGGCUUCGUCGGGGCGCUGGUGGACAACCACACCCCCUCGGGGGGUUACUACGACGACGAAGCCUACCUGCCCUUCUGGACCGCGGCGUCGGACCUCGACGUGCCCAUCUACCUGCACCCGACGUGGCCCACGGCCACGCAACUCUCGACGCUGUACACCGGCAACUUCUCGCGGUCCGCGAGCAAGUCCAUCUCGGCCAGCGCGUUCGGGUGGCACUCGGACGUCGCGACGCACGUCCUCCGCCUCGUCGCGAGCGGACUGUUCGACCGCCUCCCCGCCCUCAAAGUCGUCAUAGGGCACAUGGGCGAGAUGCUCCCGUUCAUGUUGGGUCGGAUCGCGCAGCUGAGCGUGCGGUGGACGGCGGCGGGACCCGAGGAAAAGGACGACGACGACGCCGCCGACCACCCGCCGCCGCCGCCGACGCCGUUCAAGGACGUGUGGGACCGCAACAUCUGGAUCACGACCAGCGGGAACUGGAGCGUCGACCCAAUGGCCACGAUAUUGAGGAACACGAAAAUGGACCGUAUCCUGUACAGCGUCGACUACCCUUUCGCGAAAAACGAGGACGGCCUGGAGUUCGUGCGGGACUUGGCGACCAGUGGACUUGUCACGGAGGACCAGCUUGAGAUGAUUGCCUUUCGAAACGCGGAGAAGUUGUUUGGCGUCAAGGCUGUGAAGAGAUUCUGA